AUGGACGAAGCGGAGAAAAACACCAAGAGCUUGGCUGGGCCGAACGACGAUGUAGACGAAACCUUGGGCACCACGGUUGAGAUCAUUAAUGCUGGAGGCCACAAGCAAGAGCUGGAUAGGAACUUCAGUCUACUGAGCAUCAGUGCAGUUGGCAUCGUCAAUGGCAAUACCUGGGCCGCCUUGGGCGGAAGCAUUGCCGUAGCAAUCUCAAAUGGAGGACCUCCUGGGGUCAUAUACGAAUUUAUUGCCGUCUCAAUCUUCUACUGCCUGAUAGCUGCAUCCCUUGCAGAGCUCGCCUCAGCCAUCCCAUCUUCAGGAGGAGUCUACCACUGGGCUUCGGUUACGGCCGGCAAAUAUGGCCGAGUCUGCGGCUUCUUCGCCGGUUUCUGGAACUUCUUCGCCUGGAUAUUCGCAGCAGCCUCGACCUCUGCUAUCAUUGGCAACCAGACUGUUCAAAUGUACGCCACGUAUCAUCCUGAGUUUCAAGCGAAGUCUUGGCACGUCUUCGUCAGCUACCUCAUCGUCACUUGGUGCUGCUGCUGCAUUGUGCUCUUUGCCAACCGUGCCCUUCCUGCACUUAACAACUUCGGCUUAUUCUUCAUCCUCGGCGGCGUGUUUAUCACCAUUGUGGUUUGCGCAGCUGUGCCUGGUAGUGGUGGGAGACCGCCACAUGCAUCACCUGCUUUCGUCUUCAAAAAUUGGUCUGCAGAUAUCGGAUAUUCGUCCAAUGGCUUUGUAUUCCUGAUGGGCAUGCUCAACGGAGCCUACGCAAUAGGAACGCCGGACUGCGUCUCCCAUCUCGCGGAGGAGAUUCCGAGGCCAGAGAUCAACGUUCCCAAGGCCAUCGCUGCUCAAAUGAUGAUCGGCUUUGUCACUGCCCUGUGCUACAUGAUUGCUAUCUUCUUUGCUGUGAAUGAUCUAAGCGCAGUACUCUCCGGUUCCUCGACUUUCCCGCUCGCUGAAAUUUACCGGCAAGCCACAGGUUCCCGAGCCGGUACGGUCGGCUUGUUGGUCGUCAUCUUCUUACCCAUAGUCUGCACCUGCAUCGACACCUAUAUUGCAGCUGGGCGUACACUAUGGGCUCUGGCUCGCGACAACGCUACCCCUUUCGGGACUUUUAUAGGCCGCGUUGAUCCUCGUUGGAGGAACCCGUUCAACGCAACACUCGUUUGCGGCUGCAUGUGUACAAUCUUGGGUUGCAUUUACGUCGGUUCCACGACAGCUUUCAACGCCUUCGUAGGCUCCUUCGUGCUCCUAUCUUCAAGUUCAUACCUUGCCGCUAUUCUGCCGCAUCUCCUUUCCCGCAGAUCGAACGUCACGCCGGGCCCUUUCUGGAUGAACGGACUUGUGGGCUACGCAAUUCAUGGCAUUUCGUGCUCGUACAUCGCGGUGUUCAUCGUUAUUUUUUGCUUCCCUUACGCGCUUCCGGUACAGGCAAGCAAUAUGAACUACUCGUGUUUGAUCAUAGGUGGAUUGACCGUCUUUGUAUCGGUUGUUUGGUUGUUCAAGGGAAGGAAGGGGUAUAAUGGACCCCAAGCGCUGAAUUAUAAGGGACGUAAGGUUGAAUCUGUCAUUGUGGAGAAAGCAAAUGAGGCAUGA